GACCACAUUGUAAUCUUUAAAACCUCUCAAACAAGCUGCGUGGAAAACAUGUCGUUUAUAAAAGUGUACAAGCAAUUUGUUAUAACAGCAUUCAACAGAAAACUGCUAUUUUUGGACGGUGAUAGCUGCUGGUCUUACGAAAUUAAACCUGAUCUACCGCUGGAAAAAUGUCGUCCACGAAAGUAUUUCGACGCCGACAGUGAUAGCGAUGAGGAUGAUGAUGAUGCCAAACAGAAGAGCUCAGAGAAUCAGCCGGAACAACAACAGUCGAAUGGAAACCAAGCGGAAAAGGUACAAAUUGUUGCCUUGGAGGUACACGAGACAAAGUCGCUCUUAGCGGUGGCAACCAGUGACAAGUCGUUGUAUCUGUUCGAGAUUGAUACUAAUGGUGCAGGUGGGAAUCUGAAGUUCCUUUCGCGAAGGUUGGUAUCGAGAGCUUCCAGCUGCAUGUGCUUCGCUGCAAGCGGAGGUUUUUUGAUCGUUUGUGACAAGGGCGGUGAUUGUUACCGUUACGACUGUGACGACUGCAAGAAGCCGGGUCGAUGGCUGUUGGGCCACAUGAGUCAGGUGUUGGAUGUCGCUGUCACCGAUGAUGAGAAAUUGAUCAUCACAUGCGAUCGAGACGAGAAGAUCCGUGUUACCAACCAUCCGGAGUGCCACACGAUCGAGACGUUUUGUCUUGGUCAUGGGGAGUUCGUGUCGCAGUUGACUUUUCUGAUGAAAGGGGAGAAAUCGUAUCUGCUGUCAUUGUCGGGGGACAAAACAUUGCGAUUUUGGGAUUAUAUGAAUGGGAAAGAGCUGGCGAAAACAGAGUUGGAUCAGCCCGGAAAUCGCAUCGUGACGAAAUCGGUUAACGACGGAAGUGUAAUUGCUGCCAUUCUUUGCUAUGAACCGACUAAGAUAGCAAUCAUGAAGCUGAACGCGGAAAAUUUGAAAUGUGAUUCGAUUCAAACGUUGAACUUGAAACAGGAUGAAGUAUUUUCGAGCUUUGCAUUUGAUGAAAAAUUCAAUUUGUUAACAUUGGUCAUUGCAAAGAGCACUGAAAAGGUUUCUUUACGAGUGUAUCAAUUUGAUAAGGAAAAUUGCAAAUUCAGUGAACAGAGUUCAAGUUCUAUGAUAGACGCAUUUACCAGUAAUACUGAAUCCGAUUGCCUGCCUUAUGUAGAUUCGGUAUCUUUUCUGUUCAAGAAGAAGUUCGAUAACAUCAAGGAUUAUCAAGAACGCAAGCGAAGGCGAAUGGAGGUAGGAUGUAAACUGAAGUAGAAAUGGGAAAGUUGUACCUCAUUUUUUUAUAAUACAGAA